AUGUCGUCUUCAAGCCAUCUGACUGUGGCUCAAACCAAGGAGACCAAGGUCAAUAAGCGUCAUAGUAGUUUUAAUUUACGUACAACAACACCUUCGGAAAACGUUACAUCGGAUACACAUCGUUCAUCAUCUCCGAAAAUCAAUUCCAAUUAUCUUUAUUAUGUAAACGCUGAACCUGCUCGAAAACAAUCAAUAACAGUUACACAUACGAUAUCACCAACACCAUCAUUUACAGGAACAUCUUUAAAUGUUCGUCGAAAAUUAAGUGCUAUUUCAUUACCUGUACCUUGGUAUAAACGUACGCGUUCACCUAGUGACGAUAAAACAUCAAUUGAUUUGUUUUCAAAGCACGUAAAACAACAACAACAACAACAAAAAUCUCAUAAUCCUCAUAAAAUGUCGAGAGAUCGUCUGUUAACAUUAGAUAGAUUAUUCAGUAGCGUUACACAUACCACACAGUCGACAAAUGAUGAUGAAGCUACAUCACCAAUAACGGAAUUGACAGCACUCGAUACAUCAAUAAAAUCUAGCGAAAAAUCUGUGAAAACAAUGAAAGAAAACGGUUAUAUAAAUAAUACACAUCUAAUGACCAGGCUGCAGUGCACAACGAAAGGUACGAAAGCGUUACGCCUUCUAGGCGAUGGUGGCGUAGCGAAUAAUUGUGAUAAAAAGUCUGAUCAUGCAUUCUAUACAAAAGAUUCUAUUCUAUCUAAAGUUGCUGCACGUGGAAAUAGUCAACGUCGACUUUUACUAAAAAAUGGUGAAGUCAACAUUUCCAGAUUUAAUAUUGAAAAACGUCGUCGGCAAUAUCUUGCAGAUAUAUUUACAACAUUGAUUGAUUUAAAAUGGCGUUAUACAUUAUUUUUAUUUACACUUGGAUUUUGUUUAAGUUGGUUAGCAUUUGCUUUAAUAUGGUAUUUAUUAAUGUAUAUACAUGGAGAUCUUCUUCCAGAAGAAUAUCAACAAGCAAAUUAUACUGCAUGUGUAGCCGGUGUAUAUUCAUUUGCUGGUGCAAUACUUUUUUCAAUUGAAACACAACAAACAAUUGGUUAUGGUACACGUGUUGUUAAAGAAACAUGUUAUUUUGGUAUUAUUAUUAUAAUGAUACAAUCAAGUAUAGGUGUUCUAUUACAAUCAUUUAUGGUUGGUGUUGUAUUUGCAAAAAUUUCUCGACCUAAAAAACGUACGGAAACAUUAAUAUGGUCACGUGAAGCAGUUAUAUGUUUACGUGAUGGACAAAUGGCAUUACAAUGUCGUGUUGGUGAUAUGCGUAAAUCACAUAUUGUUGAAGCACAUAUUCGAAUGUAUUUAAUAAAAAAACGUGUUACAUUAGAAGGUGAAAUAUUACCAUUACAUACCUAUGAUAUGAAUGUUGGAUUUGAUAAAGGUGUUGAUCGAUUAUUUUUAAUUUGGCCAUUAGUUAUUGAACAUAUUAUUGAUGAACAAUCACCAUUAUAUGAAGUUAGUCGUGCGGAUUUAUCUAAACAACGUUUUGAAUUAGUUGUUAUACUUGAAGGUAUUAUUGAAUCAACAGGUAUGACAACACAAGCACGAACAUCUUAUUUACCAUCAGAAAUCUUAUGGGGAUAUCGUUUUGAACGUUUAAUUACAUUUCAACGUGAUGAUGGUUUAUAUCGUAUUGAUUAUUCACGUUUUAAUUUAAGUUAUCCAGUUGAUAUGAUAACAUGUAGUGCUAAGGAAUUAAAAGAAUUACAUGAAUUAGAAAAAUGGCAAGAAAAUAAUCCAUAUCACAAUCAGGAAAAAUCUGAUAAUUCUGCAUCAGUGCCAAAUACAGCCGCAACAACAGCAUCGUCUUUUGUUUGGCAAGAAAAAAAGGAGAGCACUUUGUGA